GCGCGUCAGUCUGCGUUCCGUUAUCCGUUAUUAUUAUUAAACGCUCAACAGUUGACGCGACUGCAGCAGAAGAAGUGCUGGGACGCUUGAAAAAAUGGGUUGUUUUGAGUGCUGUAUUAAAUGUCUGGGCGGCGUGCCGUACGCGUCUCUGGUGGCCACCAUCCUGUGCUUCUGCGGCGUGGCGCUCUUCUGCGGUUGCGGACAUGUCGCUCUGACAGGAACCCUCACCAUCCUGGAGAACCACUUCUCCAAGAUCACCGCAGACCACGCCAUGCUGACCGACAUAAUCCAGCUCAUGCAGUACGUUAUAUACGGCAUCGCCUCCUUCUUCUUCCUGUACGGCAUCAUUCUGCUCGCCGAGGGGUUUUACACCACCAGCGCCGUCAAAGAGCUCCACAGCGAGUUCAAGACCACCGUCUGCGGACGCUGCAUCAGCGGCAUGUUCGUGUUCCUGACCUACAUCCUGGGAAUCGCCUGGCUCGGGGUUUUCGGCUUCUCAGCGGUUCCCGUGUUUCUUUUCUACAACAUGUGGUCGACCUGCGCUGCCUUGCGCUCACCGAUGGCCAACCUGACCUCCAUCGACAGCAUCUGCGUGGAUGUGCGGCAGUACGGUAUUAUUCCAUGGAACGCAACACCAGGCAAAGCUUGCGGCUCAACGCUAGGUGAUAUUUGCAACACCAGCGAGUUCUAUCUGUCUUAUCAUCUGUAUAUCGUCGCUUGUGCCGGAGCCGGAGCGACAGUCAUUGCUCUGAUCCAUUACCUAAUGAUCCUUUCUGCAAACUGGGCCUACCUAAAGGACGCCAGUCACUUGCAUGCGUACCAAGACAUCAAAAUGAAGGAGGAGCGGGAGCUGCAGGACAUCCAGUCGCGCUCCAAAGAGUGCCUCAACUCCUACUCGUAAGGAGGGUUAACACUGCCAACCAACCAACCACUAACCAGCCCUAACUCACUAACCCGCAGUCUGUGCGCAUCCAUCCCUCCUUCACGCUCACGCUUUCCUCUCAGCCCUUUGUGAAUCUCAAACGUUGCACUAUUGGAAAUGCACAACGGAAAUGCAAAUCGCUUUAUGUAUUCCCCAAUUGUAAGUCGCUUUGGAUAAAAGUGUCUGCAAAAUGACUAAAUGUUAAUGUAAAUGCAAAUCAUAUUCUGUUCGUACCCAGAUGAGAUUUGCCUUAAAACAUCAUAAACAUGAAUCUAAUUUAAGUGCAUGAUUAUUUGACGUUACAUGUUAUGCUUUUUUAUGAAAAAUAACAUGCACUUGCAUUAUAAACAUGUUUUGCAUCCUCUUAAAAUUUUAAAACAUUCCCAGUUUUUAUUUUUUUUAAUGAUAUUAUUUUGAAGAGAAAUAAUCGAAGGAUCCUUCUGAACUAAAUUCGGCUGGUUGUCUUUGAAUGUUUGGAUUUGUUCAUGUGCAAUAUGUGCUGGAAAUAGUAUGUGAACAGAACACAUUACGCAACGAGAUUUUGCAUGUUUGUUUCAGCAAGUGGCAUCUGAUGGAAGCUUGUUUCUGAC